CACCCAAAAAAAAAGUAGGUUUGGGCACAAAAAUAAUAUUUCUUUAAUUUUAUACCUAAAAAAAAUAAGUUAAUUUAAUUUAAAUUAAUAUGGCCGUCCAAAAUGGUCAAAUAAACGUGAAAAAUUAAUCAAAAGUCUCCUACCUCAAUUCUCAACCGUGUCACUGCACACACCCCUCUAUAUAUUCAUCUUCUUAUCAUUCUUAUUGAUUUAGGAUUUUAGGACUACAGAUUUUACAAGUUUCCGAAAUUUGUGUCUUUUUGCAAGAUUUAUUUUGGUCCCCUUAUAAAUUUUUAUUCCAUUUUUGAGGUAAAUUAAUAAUUUAUUGUAGUUUGGUGGAAUUUUAUUCUUCACAUAAAUUAAACUUCCAAUUCCAUUUUGCCAGAUUCUUUAUUAUGUAUGGUUGUAAUUAAUAAAAAAAAUUGAGAGAUUUCUUCUGGUUCAUCCUGUUUUGGGAAGAGGACUUCUGACCCUCAGACGCCUCAUCCAUAGUGGCAUCCUUAUCUCUCUUUUUCUCUCUCUCCUCAAUCACAACAUCAAUUUAUAUUUUAAUUUAUAUUCCCCCAAUUUGCCUUCCCUUUUUCUCUUGCUUUUUCUGCCCAAUUUGUAAUAAAUUGGGGAGAAAGUGAAAGUUAUUUGAUUUUGGUGUUUCAAUAAAAUUCAUUGAAUCCCAUGUAAAAACCCCCCAAUUUAUAACUUGGGGGGAGAUUAAUUGUUCAAAUUGGUUUCUGGGUUUUGAUUAUUUUGUUGGAUUGGAUUCUGGGUUUUGAUUAAUUUGUUCAAAUUUGGGGUUGAAAUGGGAUUAAUGGAGGCAUUUUCGGUUGGAGGAGGAUUAGUGAUGGAGAUUAUGUUAGUUAUCACUCCAAUUUGGACUGCCUUUCUUCUCGGUCUUGUAAUUGGAUGGACAUGGUGCCCGAAAUGGUGGAAGAAUUUGGACAAGAAUACGUUUGAUUCAUUCAUCUCAAAAAUUGGGGAAUUUUCAGCUCCUUCAUAUUCUACUUCAAAAGGGUUUCCUUCUAUUCAGAGCUUCACUCAAUUUAACUUGAAAUUUCCAAGCUCCAGCAGUCAAUCAACUGGGGAUGAUAGUAUCAGUGCAAAUAAUCAGACAUCAGCUUUGCAACCCAGUUCAUCAAAGCUUAAAGGAGGUGAGGAGCAUAAUGUUGUGAAUGAAGGUGAUCUAGAACAUAUUUAUAAGCUUGUUGAGGAGAAAGAUGGAGGUCCUUCUUGGAUACAAAUGAUGGACCGUUCAACCCCAACCAUGAAUUAUCGAGCUUGGCGGCGAGACCCCGAGACUGGUCCUCCUCAAUAUCGUAGUAGUACAAUAUUUGAAGAUGCAACACCUGAGAUGGUGAGGGACUUCUUCUGGGAUGAUGAUUUUCGACCAAAGUGGGACAACAUGCUCAUACAAUCUCAAAUUCUUGAAGAGUCUCAAACCACAGGAACCAUGAUAGUGCAAUGGGUUCGCAAAUUUCCGUUCUUCUGCAGUGAUCGAGAGUACAUAAUUGGCCGUAGGAUAUGGGAGUCUGAAAGAACAUAUUACUGUGUGACAAAGGGAGUACCCAACUCUGUACCACGAAAGGACAAACCAAGACGUGUGGAUCUGUAUUAUUCAAGUUGGUGUAUUCGUCCAGUGGAAUCCAGGAAAGGAACUGGAGAAAUGACAGCAUGUGAAGUGCUUCUCUUUCAUCACGAAGACAUGGGAAUUCCAUGGGAAAUAGCGAAACUUGGUGUCCGACAAGGGAUGUGGGGAGCGGUUAAGAAAAUCGACCCUGGUCUACGAGCUUACUAUAAAGCAAGAGCUGCCGGUGGGCCCCUCUCACCCGCAGCCUCCAUGGCUCAAAUCAACACUAAAGUGAACCCAAAUUAUUUGAAAUCUUUAUUGACCGGCGAUAGUCUGUCAGUGACCGAAGUAGUAGUUCCUCCCGAGGAGAAACAACAAGGAGGGAUGAACAUGAACGUGCCAAAGGUUCUCAUUUUUAGCGGGGCAGUUGCUCUUGCAUGCAGUCUUGACCGAGGGCUCCUAACAAAGGCGGUUAUCUUUGGCGUUGCACGGAAACUAGGAAGAAUAGGAGGGAAAUUAUAACCAACUGGAGACCGUGCUUUAAUGAGGUAGUAUUGACAUUCCUGCAUCAUGUUAGGAAGACAAUCCCAAACACACCCCCUUCCCAAAAAUAACCGGAAAAUAAAAAAAGUUCGAAACCCAGAAUCGAAAUUUCACAAAGGCGGCAUUCUAGGGAGUUUUGCAUGUUGUAGCAAGUAGCAGCAUGAAGCUACAAAAGCUGUAGUUGAAGAAAAACAGAUCAUAGAGUUGUAUAUCUGCAGAAAACUGAUUCUCUUUUUCUUCGAUUUAUCGCUGAUGUACUAGCUGAGUAGCUAGUUCUUAUUAUUUUGAUAUAUGCAAAGCAAAUACAAGUAUAUUCAUAUAUUAUGUCUA